GAAGAAGAGAUUUAAGAAAAAUCAUGACUUAGUUACUAGAAACAACUUAAAUGAUAAACCAGUAACUGCAGAGCAUAACUUAACAACUUAUAGUGCAUCUAAUAUUAAUAAUGGAGGAUAUGAAGAAAUUGGAUUAGAAAGAAUUCAAGAGGCAACCUACAGUACAGUAAUGGAGCCUAUACUCCCAGUGAUAGAAGAAUUCCCUAAUGAUGUGACAAGUGAGGAAGGACGUGAGGUUCUUUUGAAAGUUAAAUUCAAGGGAACUCCUACUCCAUCUUUUAAUUGGUAUCAUAAUGGAGAGCCAGUGACUGAUGAUUAUGCUCAUGAGCUGAGAGGAGAUGGUAGUCUACUGCUAGUGAGUGUUGAAGAGAAGCAUAAAGGAACAUAUCGUUUUGUUGCUAAUAAUGAUGCUGGAACAGUUAAUCAACAAGUUGUACUCACAGUUGCAGUAGAAGAGGCCAGGAUGCCAAGUAAUGACACCUCAGCUGGUAAAAGUGGUAAAAACUUAAUACCUGUGGAACAAUUUGGAGAAUUUGUUGCUAAUGGACACGCUAAAGGAAAUGAGGGAUUUAGAAAUCAGUUUAUGGUAAGAAGUAUCUCAUUCACUCUUUUUGCCUCAUAUGUUAUUCUAUGUUAUUUCUGUUAAUAGAUGUUAGACAGUGGUGAGAGUGACCACACAGCGACAGUUGGUCUUAGUCCAAGCAAUAAACCGUUGAAUCGUUUUGCAAACAUUGUAGUCUGUAAGUUAGUUAAUGCUC